UCUCUCUCUCUCUCUCUCUCUCUCCUUCCUUUAACCAUCACGAAUUUAUCCAUCAAACCAUCUACUUUGUUCGUUCGUUCGUUGUCGGAUCUGGAGAUGAAGUUCGGGAAGAGCCUCAGCAACCAGAUCGAGGAGACGCUGCCGGAAUGGAGGGACAAGUUCUUGUCCUACAAGGAGCUCAAGAAGCGGCUCAAGAUCAUAGGCGGCGGGGAUCGGCCGGCCAAGAGGCCCAGGGUGGCUGAUAAUGAUGACAGCGCUGCCGCGUCGGAGGCCGCGAUGACGCGGGAGGAAGAGGAUUUCUUGAGGCUUUUGGAAGCCGAGCUCGAGAAAUUCAACGCCUUCUUCGUCGAGAAGGAGGAGGAGUAUAUCAUCCGCCAGAAGGAGCUGCAGGACCGAGUAGCUCGAGCGGAGUCCAAGGUGGAGCUGAUGAAAGUGAGGAAGGAGAUCGUGGACUUCCACGGAGAGAUGGUCCUCCUCGAGAACUACAGCGCCCUCAACUACACCGGACUAGUGAAAAUACUGAAGAAGUAUGACAAGAGGACAGGGGCUCUCAUCCGGCUACCCUUCAUCCAGAGGGUACUCCAGCAGCCUUUCUUCACCACUGAUCUGCUAUACAAGCUGGUGAAGGGGUGUGAGGCCAUGCUGGACCGCCUCUUCCCUAAGAAUGAACAAGCAUCGGUAUCCGGGGACGAUGGGGAUGGGGCGCGGAAGCCAUCAAAACCUGGUUCCUCUUUGGUCAGAGGAGGGUUCCCGGAGUUGGAGGAUAUAGAGUACAUGGAGAGCUUGUACAUGAAGAGCACUAUCGCAGCAUUGCGGGCGCUGAAAGAGAUCAGAAGCGGGAGUUCCACAGUUAGCGUUUUCUCAUUGCCACCGUUGCAGAGUAGUGGGCUGGAGGAGAGGUGGAAUAAGAUUCCUGUGCUCGAACAAGUGGCAAAAUGAUUAUAAAUUAAUUGUGUGCGGGCAUGGAUCAUUUGCUUCGGUACUUCUUCCAACAUGGAUUUGCUCGGAGAUGGGAUUGUGAUCCUCCUCUGUUUUUCUUUAGCCCUUUUCUCUUUGUUGCUUAUAUGCUUUCCUGUAUUGAUUAGAUGCUAGGUUUCUAACAGGUGUAAAAUGCUGAAAUCUAAAUACGCAUAGAAGAUUCUGAGAAUAUCUGCUCA